UAUUUGCUGCUAGGAUUUUUAGCGGGAAAAUCGCGAAUCAUGAUGACAUACAGCGCUUCCGCGGCUGUUUUGCAAAGGAGAUCACUUCCAGUGGAACUUCCAGUGCCUUCCCAUCGGAUGAGGUUGACAUUUGGUCCAAUCAACCAGCUGAUUGUGGAUCUUUUUCCUUUCGCAGAUCAGUUUUCCGCCUAGAAAAGUGCAAAGAAACAGUAAAAAUGGAUUAUUUGCGAACUGCGUGGAGUUACGUGCUGUCUUGCUUCAAUUGCCAGGAGAAUCACAUGAUUCAAAGAAGUGAGCCCAACGAAAGAUCUCAUCUGCUGAUCGAUCCCGUGAGCAACAGUCCGGCUGUGCGGCCCGCGGCGGACGACUUCGCCAGCGAAUAUCCCAGCUCCUUGCCGAAGAAGGAUGAACAGAGCGCGCUCAGUCGGAUCGUGCAGGAAACGGCGUCGAACAUCAUCGACGUGGCCGCCAUGGACAUGCACAACCUGGAGCCGCAGGAAUACUCAGACCGCGUGAAGUUGUACUCGCAACGCCUGGCGCAGCAGUGGAGCACCGUCAGUCACCCGCGCACGGGCCCCAGAGGGCUGCUGCAGGACAUCCCCAAUCCGGAAGAGGUGCUCUCGGCCACGCCCAUCAGCGCCGCGGACCUGCAUAUGAUCCGAAGCGCCGCACAAGCGGCGAACGCGGCCGUGACUGAGAUUCAAGUCGAGCACACGGAGGAUCUCAUCGUGCCUUUCCGGAUCGCCUGAUGUCCGGAAUCUGCUUCUCUCUCUUUUACACCUCCUCGCAGAAUGUCGAGAGGAAUUCCCAACACA